UGAGGAUCCCGCCCCGUUAUGACUGUCAGCGCUGUCCACUGUCCAGGAUGGUCGUGUUCACUCAUGUACACAAACACGGGACGAAAUAAGUCCUAAUUUCCAUUGAGGGGCGUUAGCGUGGAAGAUGUACCAUCAGGACCGGGCUGUCUCUUCUUCGAGUCCGGCUGCUUUGAAGCGAGCGAGGUCCAGCACAUCUUGUGCUUGUUUCUCCGUUGAUAUUUUGUGCUGAACAUGCUGGGAUCAGACUAACGUAUCAUGGAUCCAGAGGAGUUAGAAUUGCAGAAUGACUACCGCUACCGUAGCUAUGCGGCGGUCAUUGAGAAAGCGCUGCGGAACUUUGAGUCUUCAAGCGAGUGGGCAGAUCUCAUCUCCUCCCUGGGGAAGCUCAACAAGGCCCUGCAGAGCAACCUUCGCUACUCACUCCUGCCCAAGAGGCUGAUCAUAGGGAAGCGCCUGGCUCAGUGCCUGCACCCGGCCCUGCCCAGCGGAGUGCACCUGAAGGCUCUGGAGACCUACGAGGUCAUCUUCAAAAUCAUCGGAACAAAAUGGCUAGCCAAGGAUCUGUUCAUUUACAGCUCAGGACUGUUUCCUCUGUUGGGCCAUGCAGCCAUGGCAGUGAAGCCUGUGCUGCUGACGCUGUACGAGCGUUACUAUCUCCCGCUGCAGAGGGCUCUGCUGCCCAGUCUUCAGGCCUUUAUAACGGGACUCCUGCCAGGCCUGGAGGAAGGACUGGAGGUGUAUGACAGGACUGACGCUCUGCUGGUCAAGUUGUCACUGCUGGUGGGGCAGCAGGUCUUCUAUGGUGCCCUGUGGGGCAGCAUGCUGGUCACCCCCAUGGUGCGACUGCCUGCUUCUGUCUUUAUAGUCACACAUUUUGACCGCAUGACAUCACUGAGUCAACAAACACACAUGCUCGGCUACGACCACGGCGUAGUGGUGAAGUCAGUUUGUCUUUCUCUGCAAGAUUCAAAUGUCUUGGUUCAGAGGAACACGCUCGAAAUCCUGCUCUACUUUUUCCCCUUUGCCACAUGUCUGGACCAAGCCGAUUCCAGCAUAGCUUUGAGUGCUGAAGACAUGACCACAGUGGUGUCUGCAGCAUCGCUCACGCUACUCCGAAGAGACAUGUCCCUAAACAGACGCCUCUACGCCUGGCUUCUAGGUACUGACAUAAAAGGAGAAAUGGUGUCACCACACCCCACCCUCUCCGCCACCACAGAGGAGCAUACAACCUUCUACUUCAACACCUAUUCUCGAGAUUUCCUUGUGAUGGCUCUGAUUAACAUCCUCAAACAGAAGGAUGUGGAUAGCGACCCUGAAACUGUGACUGUUUACCUCAGGCCGUUUCGCAUCAUUAUCAGUCUGCUUGAUAAACCGGAGAUAGGUCCAGCUGUCUUGAGCAGCGUGUUGUUGGAGGUGGUCCGAGCUUUCUACAGCUACUGUCAACAGAUGCUGGGGGAGGAAACCAUCACCAGCUCAGGUCUCUCAGGCAACCAGCUGGCUAGUAAGAUAAAAGAAAACAAGAACGCAUCAGAGAUCAUAAAGACGAUGAAUAUGCUCGUGAGCUCCAUGAACAGCGAAUACCUGUGGGAGUACAUGACUCGACGCUUCUGUGCUUCUCUCAGUGACAAAGAUGAUCCACCAACUCCUGAGCAGGACCGCGGUCAUCCCACUCCCUCUGUCACCGAGAUGUCCAACCUCAUCAUUUUCCUGCUUGAUGUUCUUCCUCUGGAGCUCCAUGCUGACAUCCAAUCCCAUUUGCUUCCUGAAAUGCUGGGCAACAUGCUGCGGACUCUGCGCAGCCACAUGGACUCUGUUUGCCUAGAAGAUGUCACACAGGGUCUGCGCGCAUGUUUCAAGGUUUUGAGUAAGAUCCAGAUGCCCGUGGCUUACAUGGACGUUGAUGCAGCGGCACACUCAGAGGAGAUAGAGAUACAGUCGCCAGAGGAGGAAAACACCAAGACUCAGGAUAUAGAGAAUGAAGGAGAGAAAGAUGGCAGUGUUGGUCAGGUUAAUGGGCAUCAUGAAGACGAAGAGCUGAACCGAGAUGGAGGUGAUGAGGCAGAGCCUGCUAAUGGUGUUUACCCAGCGCUCAGGUCUGAAGAUAGCGGCUUGGGCAUCAGCGCCUCGCCGUCAGAGCAACAUCUGCCACCAGGGAUGGGACUAGGAGCUGAGAGAAUUGGCAAAGAAGGCGAGGGAGUGUGGCGAAGGGGAGGCAGUGUGGAUACCAUGACACAAUGUCUGCAGGACAUACUGGCUUUUAUAGCAACAAGAUACCUUUUGGUGCAGGUGGAGGAUGUCAGGGGAGCUGAUGAAGCGCCACAGCCUGACCACAGUGCUCCUGCUGGGAAUCAAAAGAUUCUGUUGGGCGGGCGGGAAAUUAAAGACAAACUGACUGAGCUGUUCACUCCAAAUAAACUCAAAGCUCACCCCUCUUCUGAGGCCCUGGGCUCAGCAGCCCCUACUGAGAAGAAAAAGGAACGCGGGCACUUGGGGUGUGUGGAUUGGGCGGCUGGAUUCAUGCCCAGAGGAAGGGCGGAGAUCUCUGAGGCCUGUCGACAGGCCUUCAUCGCCACCUGCCACCUGCUGCUGGAGGGCACCACUUUUCCUGUCUACCUAACUGAAGAGGAGACUCUGGCUCUCCACACAGAAAUGUUUGGCCACACAGGUAGUGACGUGGACAGCCUGCCUGUGUGGCUGAGGUCCUUGAUGACACUGUGCUGCCUGUCCAGGGACUACAACAUCCAGCACACUGCAGUGGCUUCCCUGUUGGAGCUCAUCAACCAUUCCCAAUCCUUAGCACUGGUCAUUCAGGACAAGCACAGACGCUACCAGAACUCCGAGUCCAACCCUCUGAGUGGGCGGCUGCAGAUGGUCACUGUGCCACCCAUCUAUCCUGCCGUGCUUCGUGCCAUAGAGGAGGGCACCGAUUUCUAUCAGAGGGUGUCCCAGGUACUGUGGAGUCAGUUAGAGACAGAGCGGAGAGAGCAGCACAUUUCCUGUGUUGAACUGUUUUACAGGCUGCACUGUUUGGCUCCAUCAGCAUCCAUCUGUGAAGACAUCAUUUGCCAGGCACUACAACACAAAGACAAGGCAGUUAGGCUGGAGGCGCUACACCGCUUCACAGUGCUGUGGCACCUGACCCGGGAGAUUCAGACCAGCAGGACCAUGUCCCUCAGUCGUUCCUUUGACCGGUCUCUGUGCGUUGUGGUGGACAGUCUGAGCUGUACUGAUGGCUCAAUAAGUGCAACAGCUCAGUGCUGGCUGGUCAGGGCUCUGUCGCUUAAUGACGUGAUUCGGAUCCUGGAACCCAUUCUGUUGUUGCUGCUUCACCCGUCCACUCAGCGCUGUUCCAUUCAGAGCAUCAAACAAAAUAUUACUGCUGGUAACCUGAAAGUUCUAAACAACAGAAGUCGAAGCUCCUCCAAAACCGUUGGCUCAUCUACAGACACCAUGGCACGAGAGGUCACCACUUUAAAUGUCCUGAACAUUGUGGACCGGGAAUCCCUGUGGGCAGAGUUAGAUAGCGGCCCAGAGCUGCCAAAGCCAAUUGACGCUUUAGCAAUAUCAAGGAGCGAGAGUGAAGAGACAGAAGAAGAGGAAGCUAGACAGGAGGAGGACGAGGAGCCUGAGAGUGAGCACACAGAGUCAGCUGACACCAGUGGUGCUCAAGUGUCCACAGAAAACUCCAGUUCAGGCUCUGCUCCGUACCGCAGCAUUGAAGACGGAGGUUUGGUCAACGGCCUGCGGAGGGCAGAGUCUGAGCACACACAGGCAUCUGAUUCACUGUCGAGUGAAGAUGAGGAGGAUUUAGAGCUGGAGGCUAUAGCCAGGUCUCGUCUGUUAAAGCAGGAACGUGAAAAAAGAGAAGCCAUCGAUUCCCUGUUUCGCCAUGUCCUGCUGUAUCCUGUGGCCGGCGGCUGGCACCAUCUACUCCAAGGGUUAGCACUGCUAGACAGUCUGCUGAGGAGCAGUGCUGAGUGCCCUCUGGUGGAUGCCCUCUCCUCCACCUCACUGGACACAAGCUCUGCUGCACAUUUAAACCUGGUUUCCAACCUUCUGCAGCGUCACCAACAGGCCCAGGAUGGCAAGGGCUUUUAUGGCUGCUUGCUUUCCCCUUCCUCCUCCCCUUCUGUGCCCCCGUCCCUGCUGAUUGAACUGCUGGUGUCCCUGUGUCUGCAAUUUCUGCGCUCUCAAUACCCGUCCUAUCUGAGCUUGAGUCCUGUCGACCUGCAGGGGAACAGAGAGGUUCAGGUGAAGAGUGUUGAGGUGCUGACUCGGAUGGUGAACCAACUUGUCUGCACAGCACGAGCACAAGAAGGCAGCAAGGCCAACCUGGAGCCCAUCCGCAGACUUCUCUCAGGUUGUAAAGUGCAGCAGUAUGCCCUGCUUACACUUUCUGCAUCUAUGUAUAUCAGCCAGAAGGGAACGGAGAAGGGAUCGUCCAAAGGUGUGGAUCUACUAGAGGAGCAGGGAGGCCUGUCAGAGGAGAGUCUGGUGAAUCUUGGAACAGGAGGAGGACAGGAGCAAUACACCUUACAAAUGGAGUUACUGAAACUUCUCCAGGCUCUCAUAGUCCUUGAAUACCACGUGUGGCCAGGUGGGGCUGCCCCAGCGGCUGGGUCGGGGGGCGCAUCUGGCCAGUCUGGGGAGCCUCGUGAAUCCUCAACUGCCAGCACGCCUCUUGCUCGUGAGUGGCAAACUGCGGUCCUUUUCCAGCAGUCCAUCAAGGCGGCCCAGUACGUCCAAAGCCAUCCCAUCACAGCUCAAGGAAUGUUUGUUUCUGCAGCAGCCAGGGCUCUGCAGCCUCAGUACGGCUAUGCCAUGCACCCCCACUGGGUGUCACUGCUGUGCUCCUCUCUGCCGUACUUGGGACGCUCAUUAGGCAUCAUUGUGGCUCCGCUCAUCAGCCAGAUCUGCAGGAACUUGGAUGAGUUGGUGAAGUUGUACGAGCAUGACGGAGGAAAGACAAACCAGAGCCUGAGUGGAAGGAGGGAGAAUAUUGCCCCUGACUACCCUCUGACUCUGCUAGAAGGCCUGACCACCAUCACACAUUAUUGUCUACUGGACAACAAAAGGUCCCUCGUUGCCUGCGAUCUUGUGGACAUUCGUAAUGCACGCAACGCUGUGAUCGAGGCACUGCCGCACAUGCUCAGCAGUAUGGCGUUGUUAUGGGGCGUGGUCAUGAAGGAAGAGUAUCAGAGGCGUGCAUCGGACUCUGCACAGAGCAGCAGACACACUUCUACCUCUGUCUAUUUCAAAGGCUCCAGGGUCUUGCGGCAGCGGAUACUGGAGUUCCUGCUCCCUCUAACUGCACAGUAUGGCGUUCAGCUGAUGGCUUCUCUGGGAGCAGUUUGGAGCAACAGGAAGAGUAAAAGAAGGCAUAAAAACAAAGUUUUGCCUGUGGCCAGUGAGUCUCGUCUCACCAUUGUGGAGCUGGUGAAAUCGCUGCACACCUUGCACACUGAUACCAUCCUGCACUUGGUCAAAGAGGUGGUGAAAAAACCAUAUCAGAUCAAAGGAGAACAGAAGUCGACACUGGUCGAUGUCCCCAUGUUGCAGUUCAGCUAUGCCUAUAUCCAGAGUAUUUCAGCUCAGGUUCUGCAGGAAAAUGUUGCUCCUCUACUCACUUUGUUACGGGAGUCUGUUCAGCUCAACCUGGCCCCACCUGGACACUUCUUAUUGCUGGGAAUCCUGAAUGACUUUGUCAAUAGGCUUCCCAACCUGGACAGCAAGAAGGACACUAGAGAUCUGCAGGAGGUGACUCAGCGGAUCCUCGAGGCAGUAGGUGGCAUCGCAGGCUCAUCUCUGGAGCAGACCAGUUGGCUCAGCCGCAGCCUUGAGGUCAAAAAUCAGCCACAGGUUUGCCCAGAAGCAGAUGAAGCAGAUGAUGCAGACAUGGACGGAGAGCAUUGUGAGUCAGUGGCUCAAGCCAGCGCCAUGGUCUCCUCCUCAGCUCCCUCUGUUUACAGCGUGCAGGCUCUUGUACUUCUGGCUGAGAUCUUGGCACCACUUCUGGACAUGGUAUACCGCAGUGACGAGAAGGAGAAAGCCGUUCCUCUCAUCUCCCGACUCAUGUACUAUGUUUUCCCCUACCUGAAGAACCACAGUGCCUACAACAUGCCCAGCUUUGAAGCGGGUGCUCAGCUGCUGAGCAGUCUGAGUGGGUAUGCCUAUACCAAAAGGGCCUGGAGGAAAGAGGUCUUUGAGCUUUUCAUGGACCCCCUCUUCUUCACCAUGGAUGCCUCCUGUGCACACAGUUGGAAAUCCAUUGUUGACCACCUGCUGACUCAUGAGAAGACCAUGUUUAAAGACCUUAUGAGCAUGCAGAGUAGCUCCCUGAAACUGUUCGCUAAUGUCGACCAGAAACCCAUGCUGCUGAAACGCCAGGCGUUUGCCAUGUUCAGCGGAGAACUCGACCAGUACCACCUCUAUCUGCCCCUAAUUCAAGAGCGUCUCACAGAGACUUUGCGUAUGAACCCCAGCCCUGCUGUUUCAGCCCAGAUGUUCCUGAUGUUUCGUGUUCUCUUGUUGCGAAUUUCAUCCCAGCACCUGACGUCUCUUUGGCCCAUAAUGGUCACAGAACUGAUUCGCACUUUUGCACGUCUAGAGAAAGCUCUGCAGGCAGAUAAAGACGUGUCAAAACUGGCUAAAGUGGUGCGUGGAGCCCUUGACAAAAACGGACCAGUGAAUUUCUCCCAGGCGGAGUUGGACAUGUACCUGUCAGCCUGCAAGUUUCUGGACACCUCACUGGCUUUCCCCCCUGACAAGAUACCACUCUUUCAGAUGUAUCGCUGGGCAUUUGUCCCUGAGGUGGAUGUGAGCCGCUACAGUGGUCCAGAAACUGCACUGAUCGAAGGCGAACAGGAAUGCAUACCACACGUAGUCAGAGUAGUGGAAGGGAUACAGCAACGCUUUGGGACCCUGAAUGGACUGAGUGAGGAAUCCACCACGGAGCGUCUGGAGUCCCCCCUCCUCACUCAGCGCUCCCUGUCCUCCAUCACCCAGCUGUUGCCUUUCCUAUGCACCCUCUGCUGUUCCUUCCAGAGCCCUCCUCCUUACAGCCAACCGAUGCCCCACUUCCCUGUAGCGGAUUACCCUGCAGCCAGUUCACACACGGUCCUGAGGAGGCUGGAGCACAUCACUGAAGAAGAGUUCCUGGACUCCAUGGAGAUUUAAAAGCUCUAACAUGAAGCUUUCAUGAACUCAGCUUUUUGACCUGCAGCCAUACAAGUAGAAUACCUAAAACGGGCACAACCAUGGAUUAUGUUGUAUUGUGAAUUAGGGGAGGGGAAAAAAAAAAAACAGGAAACGUGUUGGAACUCUGCUUUUUAAUGUUUUAACUUGUCUGAUCUCCACAUCGAUACAUGUACCUCUGAGGUGCUCUCACACUGAAUCUGUAACGGAAAAACAAAGGGACUUUAGUCAUUUACAAUUGGCUUUUUAUAUAUGAAAUAUAUGGUAAAUAAAUCACAUAUUAAUGUGGAAUGCUUCUUCCUCAUCCUCCUGCAGAGCCUCAUCUCAGGUGAAACGUAUUCACACAUUGAAAUUCUACUUUCCUCUCUUUGCUUUGUACAAUUAGACAAAAAAAUACCUUGAAAAUGGAAAUGUAAACCAACUUUAAAUGAUUACCUAUUGUUUCUAUAAGGCAUGCCCCUUAUGAUAAUAAUAGUUCCAGUCAAGUUUUUUUUUUUAGUUGGACACAAAAUAGCAGAUUCACUGUGAAAAACCUGAUUAAGUAUUGUCUUUGUUCCUUUCCAUAACUCUGGUUAAUCUGUAGUACGAGCAAACAUGCAUCCGUCUGACCCUGCGAAUGUCAAGACUUAAUGACUUUACCCGCGGUAAAGAUUUACAUUAUGUUCAGAGUUUUAUUUGUAAGUUACUGAAUGUGCUUUGUGUACACCAGGAAAACCCUUUGAAAUAAUAAUGGGCGUGCCUCGAUAUAAUACGUGCUUGCCAUUUUUGGUGUUUAAGGGAAACUAGCCUUUUCUUCGUAGUUGUUCAUGAGUAGUUUUUACAGCUGCCCGUUGUCUUUGUUUUUUCCACAAUGCUGAAUGUUUAAGUAAGUUAUUUUGGAUGUUUAAAAGGACCAUGUCAAGUUUUGAAUUUGCAGAAAUAAGACUCAUUAAAAUAAAUAACAAACUUAA